AUGAUCAGCGUAUUUCACGCAGCUGAUUUCAUAUUGACAAAAUUACUUCAUUUUUGGAAGCGAUGGCAUGCACAAGCUGGUAAUUUUUGGCGUGCUUCUGGUCUCGGCUUCGCUUUUGCCAUUGGGGCCUAUCUUGUCUUUUGUUCCAAUGUAUUUCUUUCUGAAUCUAAAGUUUUAUGGUGUUUUGGACUCUACGUUUGUGUUAUUUCUUUUUUCCAUUGGUCAGAGUUUUUUUUUGCGUCGCUUUUUUAUUCCAAGACGGCCUCCAUCGAUUUGUACAUGUUGAACCACUCUCCUGAAUAUUUGGCUGCUGCAGCUUGUAGCAUCUUUGAACAUUGGGUUGGUAGUUUUAUUCGUUACUUCUUUUUAACCAAUUACUGUGCCCCAGCUUGGCUUAACCUCCUAGGCCUUUUUAUAUGCAUUGGAGGAGAGACCUUGCGUAAAGCUGCCAUAAUUACUGCAAGCACAAACUUUAAUCAUCAUGUUCAAUUCUACAAGCGUCAAGAUCACGAAUUAGUCACUUAUGGUGUAUAUUCUUGUUUUAGGCACCCUGCUUAUGUUGGCUGGUUCUACUGGAGUCUAGGAACUCAAAUCCUUUUGGCAAACCCUAUCUGCACAAUAGCUUACCCUAUAGCUGCCUAUCGUUUCUUUGAUGAACGGAUUUUUAUUGAAGAAGCUUCUUUGGCUGUCACUUUGCACACGGAUUUGGGCGAUUUGAAGUUGGAACUCUUCUGUAUGCAAGCUGCUCUGGCUUGCGAGGUAUCGGUCUCUCCUUCAUCGCUAAGACUAGUAAUGCAGCAUUUCGAUUCUUCGCCUGGAGGUCCGUUAAGGUCCGCGGUCUAUUGGCCUAAAGGAAACCGAGGCGGUGGGGCUCUGCUUGUAGAGCUACAAUCUGAGGAGCGAUUAACAAACUUGCUUGCCAAUCCAUCCCUUUCUGGUCUCCCAACUUUAUAUCUUCCUCAUCGUGGGACACCAUUCCCGCCGGUGCGUUGUCUAUCUGAUCCUUCAAUCUGGUCGGGAGCUAAAUUCAAACAAUCAGGGAACGCUUCUGUUCCAGACGGGCUUGAUCUGCAUGAGCUACAUCAAAUCACCACCGCGCAGAAAGAAUUCCCU